CUUUAGCCAACUCAAACUUCCUGGUUGAGGCUAACUAACGAAACGAAGCAAGACAUGGAAAUACCCCUUUUGUUCUGUCUACCUGAGUAUACGUAGUACAUGUUAAACUUAAAUAAGUAGAAUGUGACAUAACAAAAUUGAACAUACUAUCGGACAAUCACCAUGGCAAUAGCCAAGAUGUUCGUUCUUGUCUUUGCGUUGAUGACGUCACUUCCGAUCAUCAUUUGUCAGCAGUUGCCCGGAUUAAAAGUCAUCGUCACAAAAGAAAUUCUAGACAAGAUUAACGACUGGGAGAUUGCAAAACUACGUGAGGACCUGUUGAAGACCAACCUUAAUGACAUCAGCGAUGACCACGGUGACACCACGUGGAGUAUAUCCAGUAUUCGACUAAACAGCGCGGGUUCCCUGACGUCACACGUUGCCCUGGGGACGGGCAGUUUCACGUGGAGUGCGACUCUGUCCGAUAUCAAAGUGUCCGCUGAUUGGCGACUCAAAUAUGACCCUGGCCGUUGGCUUCCAACGAUUCGGGACAGCGGAUCGCUGGAUCUGAGUGUCGGCACAACGAGCAUCAGCAUCAACGUCAGGCCAAAGGUAUCAAGCGGCAUACAGGUGGAUCUGGAUGACUGCUCCGCCCGCGUGUCGUCACUGCGAGUGCGUGUCCACGGUUCCCUGCUCUCGAAGUUCUACGACAUGCUCAUUUCCGCCUUCAAGGGCAACAUAGAGAACCAAUUGGAGAAAGCGAUUUGUAAGGCUGUGAAGACUUCAAUGUCCAAGGUCAAGGGAAAAUUGACUGAUCUUAGGACGACAGGACGAGUACACACUUUUCACACUGAUUUUAUGGUUGAUUAUAACGUAUUGAAGGUGGAAGUGAGGCCACAACAUAUAGUAACAUACCACGGGAUGUCUGUCACCCAGGGGUCAAGGUCGCUCUACGUCACAGAGGAAGUGUUCUCAGAAGCGGGGCUGACUUCCGGUGUUGGUGUGGAAUUAAACGGUCACGUGUUCGAUAACAUUCUGCAAUUGGCUACUGACCUUAACCUCCUAAAUUUCGCCAUUGAUUACCAACAGGUGAUAGCCAACAAGAAGAACAAGUACGCUUAUCUGUCUUGUGAUGAAGGGCAGAUCUCAAUAUGCAUAGGAAAGUUUCUAACACAGGCACAAGCCCGAUGGCCAAACCGCGUGGUAGGACUGCGCCUGUUCGCCACUUCCGCUAAGCUGGAAUUCGCUUCCGGUUCUGUGGCGCUGCGACUCGCAGGCCGUGUCAACUUUACCGCGGAGGAUGCCACACAUGUGGACCCGAUGUUUUCAGCUGCUGUGAACUUGAGGGUCCCGAUUCAGGUGAAGUUUGAAGGCGGCAAUUUAUCUGCCAGAUUUUCCAACAUCAGCGGGAACAUAACAUUUGACCAAUCACAAAUCGGCAAAGUGCUGAUACCCGGGCUACAGAACUUCUUCGACGUUUUCUCACAAAAUAUGACCAAUUUAUUGGUCGAAUACCUUAACAACAACACUGUAUCGUUUCCCAUCAAACUUCCCCGAGACGUUCAGUACAAGACCAGUAAUGUGAGGCUGUUCAGUACGGGAAUUCGAGUCGAAGCAGACCUCUGUGAAAAAGGAACUUCCGGGUGCUCUUACGCCGCCCGUGAUUCCUGGGUCGGGGACCGUCUUGGUAGCAAAAUUACCGUCAACGAUAUUCUCCCAGACAAUACCACCCCAACCACCACCACAACAACUACAACCACCGCCACAACUACGACGACGCCGACCACUACAACUACGACGACGCCGGCCACUACAACUACUACUACUACAACAACAACUGCUACAACAAGAAAACUGCCGAUGACGCCAAAGCCGACGGAUGAGGUCACACAGCGGAAGCAUUACACUCAAAACUUAGGCGUGACCCCGCGUAAACAACCUUCAACUGUAGUAACGAAAACGGCGCUUGUCUUUCCGAUUAACAAGAGCGAUUCAAACCCAGCGGACUCGAACACCGGAAACGUCGUUCACUACGAGAUCCCAUCCGCACCGUCGGAUGUCGUCAACGUCAAUAUGAACGACUCUCCGGAUGUAGUGGCGAAUUCGUCUACCCCACGUGCUCAAGGACAGACCGAAAACAAAAAGAAAACGAAUGCGGCUGUUUUCGCGCAGAUUACCCUGUUUGAAGUUAUUUCUUUCAUGGCGUGUAUUUUUGGUUUGAGAUGUUUCAUGUUUGGCGAUCCUUAUAAAGGGACUUUAAUGUGAACGAUAAAAGGCUUUCCAGACGUUUGUCUUUGUAUAUGCAUUUAAUUAAGGGGUUGUAUUCAUGAAUAAGUAUUUAUCAUGGAAAACUUUGUAUACAUUCGUCCAAGAUUACUUUAUAAGUCGUUAUCAGAGAAAAAAGGGUAAAACAAUGCACUAAAAAUGCACCUUUUUGGACUAUAAGUUGUUUAAAUGCAGAAAAUACGGAUGUUUUCAUUAGUCACUUUAAGGAAAAUUAGAUAACAGAAAUGUGAAUAACAUAUCCUCUAGGCAGCAAUUAUGGGGAGUUACAGUGAAAACAAACUGUGUAUAACUGAAUUGAAAAUUGGAAUACCAUUGUAGUAAAACUAUUAAACAAAACCUCCCAGGCCGUUUUAGACUGCUUGACUUUCGUCAAGUUUAUCUAAAUUUUGUCUUGUUUGGAAAUGGCCACUUCUUAAUCUAAUCAGUAAACGCCUUAAGUGAUGGUGAUCCCUUUCCUCUUCCCCACAUCGCCGGCAAUGCCAAUGGCAUUUUACAUUUUACCCCCACCCCCCACUCUCACUCCAAAUUAUUCCCAUAGUCUUGGAAUGGCUGAAAUUGUUGUAAAAAAUGUGUGUGAGAUGUUUGUUAAUGUCUGGAUGUUUACAAAAUAGAAUAAUAAAAUAUUGAACUAGAA